AUGUCUUCUUUUGCGCCUUUUAGAACUUUCAACUUCCAAUCCCUGAUUCAAACACUUAACCGCCAUGUUCUCAUCCUCGGCGGCAACGGCAAGAUUAGCCGCCUUCUUACAGUCAUGCUGUUGCAAAAGUCGUGGACUGUCACAAGUCUGAUUCGUAACCCAGACCAGAUCGACGACUUGAAGAAGAUCUCUGAGGGUCUACCGGGAACACAUAAGAUAGUGGUGCAUGAUCUCAUCACCAUAACUAGCCAGGAGAAGGCCGCUGCUGUUAUUGAUGAAGUGAACCCAGAUUCGGUUGUUUUCAGCGCUGGACCUGGCAGGGGAACUGAUCAAGACACAAUCAUCCGAAUCGAUCGUGAUGCCGCCAUCUUCUUCACGCAAGCCUCGGUUGCCAAUGAAACCAUCAGUCAUCAUGUGCAAGUGUCCUACCUUGGCGCUCGUCGCGAACAAGCUCCCUGGUGGACUCCUGAAGACUGGGAGGGCUGGAAGAAGGUCAAUUCGACCUUCCUAGGUCCCUACUAUGAGCCCAAGGUUGCGGCCGACGAAGCUCUCGUGACUGAAGGCGGUGUUCUCCUAGGCCAGACGAAGCAAGCUAGGGGUAUGACAACUCGAGCGUCAACGGCGAGAGCAAUGGCGUUGGUGUUGGAGCAGGAGCAUGUCAAGGGACAUUGGUUGGAUGUCCUAGACGGCGAAGAAGAUGCUCAGACUGCAGUCGAUCGAUACGCUCGUGAGGAAACUGAAUGUGCUCUAGGAGAGCCAUCCACAUCCUUCUUAAAGAUUCACUACAUUGGCAUCAUUUUCAACAUGGGCUGUAUUCCCAAGCUUCGUUUGCCAAGACGCCUGCGACGUUGGUUUAAGAAGAAGAACAAGGACAACCAAGCCCGCGAGAGCGUUGAACUAAGUGUCAUCUCGCGUCCUUUCAAUGUCUAUCGCAUAGACAGCAAGGGCAAUCGUCAAGAGAUGCCACAAUUUCUUCCAGCGCCUGCCGACCUCUACGGCCAGGUCGUCGCUCCUGCCACCAAUGGCACCGGCCUCACUUACCUCGGCAUGCCAGUCCCUGAUGGCUCUGCCGUCACCGAUGGUAGCGGCAGCGAGGACAGUGUUGCCGUCGACACCAAGGCCAAGACUGGUGCCCAGGUGAAGCAGCAGAAUGGCGACACCGUUGCCGGUCCUUCCGCCAAGGACAUCUAA